CACAGGUAGGAUCGUGGUGAACAAAGACAAGGGGAUGUUAAAACAAACAUGUUUUAUACCAGAACUGCAUAUAUUACUUUUUCAGUAAUACAUUCUCCACAGUUUAAUCAUGGAUUACAACCCUAUUCACAUUAUCUCUGUCAUUCUGGUGAAGUGCUUGCUUGCUAGACUGCUGCUUUCAAUUAGGCAUUUUAGCUUUCAACAAAAUAUUCGUAAUGUGCAAUCUGUAAAUGAAGAAGGUUUUUUAUUACAAUUUAUUAGCUUGUCUAGAGCCUGUGUAUUUAAGUAGGUUUACCUUUCUGAGCAUUUCCAGUGAUAUUUUCCUUUAGUAUCCAUAUGUCACAAAUGUAAAUUUAAGAAAGAAUGCUGUCAGUUUUCUGGGGGGUUAAGGUAUUGUACAACUGCCUAUCUAGCCGUCGGUGUAAGGAAUGCCAGCCUGGUGCAGGUGCUCUGUCUCUGGAUACUUUACAUCCUCUGGGAGGACAUCGAUGGCUCCAGUCCAUUUCCCUGUGUUGCUGCUGACACUCAUGGGGUCAGUGUCUUUCAACUGCUUCAUGUCCAGCAGCCAAGCUACUACAGAUCAACAUGUCUGCAACAACAUCAGAGAGUUCCGCGGCAUUCCUGACAAGGUUUUCAACGCUGGGAAGAUGUUUUACUUUCCUAUUCCACUGCUUGCCUUCAGUGGACCUGUCAAAGAGUAUAAGGUCUCUCUAGCUGGUGACACAGCAUAUUUGCCCAAAUGGUUGGACUACAACCCAAAAACAAAUACCCUUCAGGGACUGCCUGUGAGUGAAGAUGCUGGUGAAUACACCCUGAGUGUAGCUGCUGUGGGGAGCUGCCUGCAAGAUAUGCAUCUUCCGAAAAUUCAUUUCUAUCUACACAUUCUCAACGACACUCAGAAUUUCAAAGGCCUAAAAUCAUCAAAGCAAAAUGUCAUCAACAAUCAUGGUUGUCCAGAAGAUGAAAGUGUCACUUAUGCUGAUAUUGUCCUCCAGACAAAUGCUUUCUCUCUGAAUGCUCACCAGCGCUUGAGCCUUGUUUCUGCUAUGGCAGACUACCUCCAUGUGGAUCCUUUCUCCAUCACGCUACACUCUUUAAGGGAUGCUUCACAGCUUCAGCUUGAGAAUAGCACCCUUUUGGCAGAAGACACUAGUAACAAGAGCUUCAUUCCUGGGCAGGGGGUGGAAAUCUAUUGGCCAGUAGGCUGCGAACCUUUUGGAAUGCUUCCUGAGAUGGUUCAUAUUCUAAAGUACAGCAGGGACUCUGGUCACCUUUCCCACCUGCUGGGAUUUCGAAUGAUAGGCUGGCGUAUUUUCAGGAGGGGAGAGGAAGGAACCCAACAUAAUAAAAGGAGGCGUCGGCAAUUGAAUGCCACUCCAACUCCAGCCAUGACCCUUGUUAUACCAACCUAUUUUUCAACAUUAAUUUCAAAGGCACCUAUUUACUCUUACACAGACCCACUUGCUAUAUCCAGGCACCCAACAUUAUACUCACUAGUAACAAAGAGCAUUUUUGUUGAAAGUAAUUUACCAAGGUCUUUAAUUACAAGCAGAACUUUAACAGCAAUACCACUGGAAACUAUUAAACACAUGACAUCAGAAACAAUGACAGUGUUGGAUAGAGACCAAUACUCUUUAGCAUUUUCCUGGCUUUCAGAAACACACAGUUUUCAUAUAUCCUCUUUCAUCUUUCCAAGCUUCCCAUUACAUGAACAAACUUUUGUUAGUAAUUUAGUUUCCCAGAACUUUGUGACUUCACAACCUAUCCGCACCUACCAACCAAUGCGCUCUUCUGAAAUGUCAAGGUUCGUAAUGCCUAGUCAGAUGCCAACGUUCUCUCCUCAGCUUUUGUCAGAAAUAAGGUCACUGACACACAUUUUUCCUACAGUGUUGGUUACUAGACAGGCAAUAAAUAUGCAAAGCAGUGUUUCAGAUGAUUUCAAAGAUGACGUUGCCAGUGUGUUUAAAGAACAUUCUGUUCCAACUAAGCCAAUGAGCCCAACAGUGUCUUUGCUUCUCAGUAAAACAUCAGUAAAAUUACAGCCAAGCCUGCAGUCCGAUGUUUUUCAUUCGAGUUCCUCUGAUAGUGUUUUACUUACACUGACAAAGAGUUCACUCUAUACUACAAGCAUGUACACUCCGUCCCUUGCCCUUACUGUUCAGAAUGUCUUAGAGAGUGUUGGUAGGACUGCAGUCCUGCUGAAGAAUGCUACAGGAGUGCCAUUUACACCAUUCCAGUCACAGCAAGAAGCAGACACUGAUGGUUUCAUGACAGACCUGUCCAUCCAUCUGAGCCUAUUGAUGGAUGACCAGGAGAAGACUGCAAGCACACACUUUGACACCUCAAUGUUUCCUUUCACUUCAUUCUCAUUUGCUACAACACCCACGUCAGCAGCUUCUACCACUGCUUCUCAGCCACCGGAACACAGUAGUCUGCAGGUCUCUUAUAUUAGUGCACUCUUCCCUCAGAGUGUUAAAAUAUUUAGCACAAUAAAUAUGGCAGUGGUUUCCACAGAGCCACUGUUGGAUGACAUUUCCGGAAGCAUGACAUACUCCAGUGCCUUUGGCAGUAUUAUCCCAGCCAUUCCUUCUUCACAAUUUAAAAGCUCUGUGACGAAAAGCUCUUCACUUUCAUCAGAAGAGGUCAGCAAAGUUUUAAUUUUUAAAACUGCUACAGAAACAGAUUUGUACUAUAUUGCUUCCACCACGGCGUUAUCCCCACACAAAGUCUCCUCUUCAGUAUUAUUAUCCACCCAGUAUCUUUCUUUGCUUUUCCCUGCCGUAAGUUUCAGUGAGCUUCUGUUCCCGGAACCCACAGUCUCUUUAACAGCUCUGACUAAAAUAGUGCCACCUACUGGUAAAUCAGAAACACCUGCCUUCAAGCCAGAUACAAUCCAAACUGUCUCAUUUAUAGACUUUGUCCUGUCAGUCUCUCAGACACUCACCAUUCCAUCAGUCAAAGAAGAUUUGUUCCAAUCUAGUCAUUCAACCUUUGAACCACCCCCACAGCUAUCUUCAUUGCUCUCUCUUGAUGUGUUUCCAACAACAAUACUGUUUUCCCAUCGUCCUUUGUUUUCCAAAAGCCAGGAUGAACUACAGCCUUCUUACACUCAGAUGCCUUUAAACACUUUAUCUCAACAGAUACAGGAUUCAUUGUAUUCCACUGUAGAAGAAACAGACCAACUAACCAUGCUGGGUCCCAUCACUCCAACCCGUUCUUUUGAGGGGGAACUUGGACACACCUCGUUUUCUACUCUUUCUGUACCACAGAAGCAUAGUUUGGAGCCAUCAAUUCCUGUGUCUAACAUUUCUGUAUUACCAUUUAAAGAUUCAUUAAUCCCUAGCAUUUUGGCCACACUGCCUAUGGAGUCAUCAUUGAAUAUGUUAAUGCUAUCAGAGUAUUUAACAUCAUUCAUCCCCUUUGUCUCUCCUGGUGCAUCAUCAUUAAUAUCUCCAGAUAAGAAAACCACCAGACUGGAUGAUGAAAACUCCCUUAUUCAACAGUCUAGCCCUAAAACACAUACCAUCUCUAUGGGACCUGCUCCAACACUGACAUAUAAAGUAGAUAUCCACAGUUCUACUCCCCUGCCUGCAGAACAUUCCACUGCAAUUCCUAUUGAUGCUCUCUUCACAUCAUAUCACUUUACAUCGGAAGUCUCUUCAACAGCAGAAACCCACAGCUUUUCUACCAGUACAGUGUCUUUCCUCCAUCCCUCACCCUCAGUUAGAGAGCAGUUCUCUUCUUCAGUGUUAUAUUUUACAGCUCCACAUAUUCAACAACCAACUAGCACACAUCGUUUCACAUCUACAACUUUAUUAUAUAACACCCCAGGCGAUACAGUCCCUCUCACCCGCUACACAACAGUCUCUCUUCCAGAAACCAAGUAUGCUGUGGUUUCUCCCACUAGCACAGUUUUUUUUGCCACCUCAAGUAAUAAAAUGACUGCCACACUUUACUUCCCAUAUUUGACUUUGUCUAGCUCUUUACAACAGUUAUUAGAACCUAGUAAACCUGCCUCCUAUAUGUUCACCAGUUCUUUUUCCUUUCUGACACUCUGGACAACUAAAAUGAACACUACAAGCCACGUGUAUCCAGUCUCAUCAACAACUGCACAUCUGGGAAAAGACAGCAGAAGUUUCAGCACAUCACUGGAAUUUUGGUCUACAGCUGGAAGGCCUUCUCUACAAGCAAGCAAAACAGCUAUUGAAAACACCUCUCCAACUGUUAUCCACCCCAUCGAUGUCCUUUUUGCCACCAUUGGUUUCCCGUUUCAAUACACCAUACCAUCCAACACAUUUUCAGAUAGAGAAGAUGGGAACACCACAAACCUAAUUUUAGCGAUGGCUGCGGCGGAUAGCUCUCCCUCCGGUCCAGAGUCAUGGGUAAGACUGGACCAAACUCAGCAGAUUAUACAAGGGUACCCUCUGGAGACAGACCUUCAGUACUCGCCUCAGACGUUUAUUCUCACUGCCAUGGAUUCAGGCGGAUAUUCCAUUCAGCAAACGUUUAUGAUUGAACUCAGGUUUGCCAACACUGAUCCGUGUCACCUGUACACUGUUAGGACUAAAAAUAGCUACAACUCCUUCAUCAAAGACAGACAGAGGAUUGAACGAUUUGUGGAUAAAAUGGCUGAAUAUUUCAAUGGCACGAGCAGUAAACACAUCUCUGUCUCCACCCUCAGGCCUGGGUCAACAGUUGUAUCAUGGUACAAUUCCACCUUGUGCUUCGCAACUAACAAAGCACAGCAUCAGUGUCAAAAGAACAAAAUCCUGGCAGUCCUAGUCAAAAUGAAGACGCCUGAUGGCAAUGUGAAUCCAGGGUUUGUUGAAGCCAUGCUCCCAGAAUUCAGGAUCACAACAGUGGACAAUGUUACUUAUGGAGGAGUUUGCAUUUUGGAUUCUGAUCUGGCUCCCACAGCUACUACAACCGCUAGCUUUUUUAAAUCUGACAAAUAUUACUGGAUAGUCACUACAAUGAUUGUUUUGCUUAUUAUUCUGUUUUUAUUCCUGGUAGUGGUUCUCGCAGUUACAAUUUAUCGCUCUUGUAGAAAAUAUGAAAAGAUUCUUCCUUCAGAGUCACUUUUGUUCCAGAAUGACAGAGCAGCUGGUCACCUAGAGUUAGACACCUUAAGGCCAAGGAAGCCACCAUUGUUUCAUCAGGAUGUUCCUCCACCAUCACCACCACCACCUCAACUAUGGGUAACUCGGUGUCAGCCUCAGAGGAUACCAUUAUCUCAUAAUAACAUUAUUCCCAACAUGCUCUACCAAAGAGACAACUUGCCCACUCACUCUCCUCCAAAGUACCAAUUGCCACCUCCCUAUGAGCUCAGUUCCAGUAUUGUUAAAGCACAGACACAAAGGCCUUAUAAUAAAAUCUAAUCAACAGCAUUGUAUUGGAAGCAGUGACUUUUAGAGACAAUUAUUAUUCUGAUAACUCAUGACAGGCUUGUAUCUUUUGAAUAAAACAAAAUGUAAGACUACAAAUAAAUAAAUACAAAAUGUAAAAGGAGAUGAAAUGUAUACAUUGUGUAAUAUAGCCUUACUGGUAGAGGUGAAAUGUAUUGUUACGACUAGAUUAUUUAUUCUUAAUCUAUAUAUAUAUACUGUAUAUAUAUAUAUUUUUUUUUUUAACAAAAAGGACAUUAAACAAUUACAAUAAAUAAUGUGAUCAAAUUGAGCUCUACACUACACACAUGGCUAUUUGUAGUACAUCAAGUGGAUCAUGGAAAAGAGGAAUAUUAUCUUGUGUAUAGUGAUAAGCAUAAAAUUGUACCUUGUAUUAUUACACUUCUAGUAGGACAUUGACUAUAAUAAACUGAAUAUAAUGUGAUUAAA